AUGCCUCAAUGGUUCGGAACCACCUACGCCAAAGACCCUCUUUCUGGGAUCAAAUAUCCAGUUCGAGGGCACUCACCAUCCCGUUCCUCGUCCUCUUCAUCCCGUUCAUCUCACACCUCUCGAAGUCAUAACUCGCAUUCAACCUACCACAUCGACCAGCGACGCCAAACCACCAAUCAAUUCGGCUGUAUCCAUGACCACGACGUUAACACGCCUUUAAGAUUGGAAAAUCACCGUCAAUACACCUAUUCAAAUAAUUCUGGACAGGAUAGAGGCUAUUACCGCUCUCUACCCUCAGCCACACCCAGUCCGUCCACACCAUCAACGGUUAUCUACCAAAACUUCAACUCCCCAACCCAACCACCACAUCAACCAUACACAGUGGCCUCCCCAUCUCCACGUCCCAACCACGACGCAUCCCUCUCAACCCUCCACGCCGACCUCUCACUCCUCCGCUCCCGCCUCGAAACCACAGAACAAGCGCACCUCCUCACUAAACUCCACGCCCUCGAAUCCCAUUCCCAAUCCCAUCAUCGCCCCCGCCGUUCCCGCCAAUCCCACUCCACAUACACCAGCGACUCCGACACCUCCACAACCUACUCCUCCCCACCAACCUACGCCACCCAUCCCCCCUCCUACCCAUCCCACCUCAGACCCAGAUCCCACACCACCAGCGGAGGGUCCACAGCAGCCGGUCACGGCACAGCGCGUCUCAUUGGUGAUUUCAGCGUUUUCCCCUCUGAAGGCAGCGGCCGUGACGGUUCGCACAAACGGAUGGUUGGAGACGAAGCUGAUGAGAUUCUGAGGGAUGAGAUGGGUGGUAGGUUUCCUUAUUGGAGGGAUGAGAGAGGGGAUGGGUAUAUAUUUCCAUAUCGCAUGUUAACCCAUUCUGGAUCCUAA